AUGAAUGGAAUCAUUUUUCAAGAAAAUGAAUACUUAAAUGGUAUUGGAGAGUUUUAUUUAGAUGAUCUGUCAGAUUGUCCUGACAAUUAUUCAAGAAAUAAUAGUGGUGACGAAAGUGAUGGCAGUGAUACAAUUAUUCGGAAACGAGGUUCUGUAUUGCCACCAAGAUAUAGUGAUUCAGAAGAUGAUGAGAUAAGUAAUGUCGAAGACAAUGCAAAUAACGUUGAAAAUAACGAUGAUAUAUGGUCGACGAACGACGAAGCAAUAAUUUUGGAACCUUUCGAAGGUAGCCCCGGCAUAAAAAUUAUGCCAAGUUCCCCAGAAAGUGUGACGGACAAUGUCAAUUUAUUUUUUGGAAAUGACUUUUUCGAGCACUUGGUGAGGGAAUCCAACAGAUAUCAUUAUCAGGUUAUGGAAAAAUAUAAAAUUCCAUCAAAAGCGAAAAAAUGGACAGAUAUAACGGUACCGGAAAUGAAGAAGUUUUUAGGACUAAUAGUUCUAAUGGGACAAAUAAAAAAGGACGUUCUUUACGAUUAUUGGUCCACUGACCCAAGUAUAGAAACUCCAUUCUUCUCACAAGUAAUGAGUAGGAACAGAUUUGUGCAAAUAAUGCAGAGCUGGCAUUUUUGCAACAAUGACAACAUUCCUCAUGAAUCACAUAGGCUUGCUAAAAUCCAGCCUGUUAUUGAUUAUUUUAGGCGAAAAUUUAACGAUGUAUAUAAACCCUGUCAACAAUUAUCUUUGGAUGAGUCUAUAAUUCCGUGGAGAGGUAGGUUAUCCAUUAAAACGUAUAAUCCCGCAAAAAUUACAAAAUACGGAAUACUUGUGAGAAUGCUGUCUGAAGCUGUCACAGGAUACGUAUGUAACUUUGAUGUGUAUGCUGCUGAUGGCAAAAAAUUAGAAGAUACCGCGGUUAUUGAACCGUAUAAGAACAUAUGGCACCAGAUUUAUCAAGAUAACUACUAUAACAGUGUAAAAAUGGCUAGAAUUCUCUUGAAAAAUAAAGUGCGAGUGUGCGGAACCAUUCGAAAAAAUAGAGGUCUUCCUCGAUCACUCAAAACAAUACAACUUUCAAGAGGUCAGUACGAAUUUCGUAGGAAUCAUCAAAUUUUGUUAGAAGUAUGGAAUAAUGGCAGAAGAAACGUCAAUAUGAUCUCAACUAUACAUUCUGCACAGUUAACGGAAUCCAGAAGCAAAAGUAAAAGAUCAGACGUCCCAAUACAAAAGCCUAAUUCAAUCAUAGAUUAUAAUAAAUAUAUGAAGGGCGUAGAUCGCGCGGACCAAUAUCUAGCAUAUUAUUCCAUUUUUAGAAAAACAAAAAAAUGGACUAAACGGGUUGUAAUGUUUUUUAUCAACUGCGCACUUUUUAAUUCAUUUAGAGUAUACACAAUCCUAAACGGAAAAAAUAUUACGUACAAAAAUUUCUUGCACAAAGUCGCAGUUUCAUGGAUAGAAGAUGGUGAAACUAAUUGUACAGAGCAAGAUGACAAUCUACCUAAUUCUGAACCCACAAGGAGAGCACCCAGAUUAGACCAUCCCGGAAGACUGUCGAAUUAUGGAAAACAUAAACUUAUAAAUAUAGUAACCAGCGGUCGAAGUUUAAAACCCCAAAGACAAUGCAGAAGUCAAUAG